AUGGAUAUUGAUUUGGGUCGUUCUCAGGAGGCUCACGUGAAAUUUGGGCAGGUCUUAAAGGACUAUCAGUCGGAAUUAUUGAAAGAGAACACAUCGGUGAAUCCUUUUAACAUAGUUAACGAGUUCAGAGCUAUUGCUAGUGAAGAGGCAUUGAAUCUUGUGGGUAGUUCUGAUGAUAAAGAUAAAAUUGAGUUUGAAAACUGGGAAUUGGAAGCUAAAUUGUGGGAUUUGGUGAGUUUGUUAGUGGAAUACAGAACUUCUGAUAUUGCACAGGAAGAUAUUAAUGUUCAUUCAUAUAACUCCAAUGUCGUAUAUCAGAGACAAUUAUUACAGUCUAACAAAGGUCUAUAUGAAAUAUGGUUGAUCAAAUCUUGGUUGGAAUCUAAUAUGCGGGUUCCAGAAAGGCCAGCGUCAUUGGCAACGACGAAGUGGACCAAUUCCAUGCUAGCGGGAACAAUAAGCAGCAUGGACUCUGACUCCACCCUUAGAGACCCUUCGGCACAGGUCCAGCCCGAGGAUCGUAAGAAUGAUCACGAAUUUUUCGUAUAUGCUUUCCGUUUACUUCUAUCUGGUCAGUUUGAGAAGCUGACUGAAGAGUGCCAGUACACAGACAAUUUGACACUAAAUUUAAUUCUACGAGGAAUGGAAACGUAUCUUGACCCUCAAAUAGAUUCAGAUAUGGCAGAUGAAUACGCUAGUCAACAGGGAAUCAAAAAGCAUGCUUUGUGGAGGAGAAGUGUUUAUGCUUUGUCUCAGGACUCGCGUUUGGACCCCUACGAGGCUGCAAUUUACACUUAUUUAGCUGGGGACUCUCCAAACAAUUUGAGAAUCGAUGACUUGGAUUGGGAAACAGAACUACUAAUGUACCUGAAUCAAAUAUGGAAUGUUACUAUGGAAAACUACUUACUAGAACAUGGGAGAGUGGAUAAGACUGAACUUAUCUGCAGCAUGGAUACUACAUGCCCUAGUCUCUCUCAUGUGCUAAACGUUCUUGCAUCAAAGUACCCUAACGAGAGUGAACAUCCUAUUAGAAUUCUCGCUGCAUCAGUCCUAUUAAACACUACUGGAAGCGUUUUGCAAUCUUCUACGGAAAUGCUACUUGAUGUUAUCACGGGAGAAGAUCAGGAUAACGCGUUGUUCAAUGAGUCUUACAUUCUAAGGGUAUUGACAAACCUAACGGUAUUUUUCGACAUCGUCUGUCCUGAGGUGGUUGAUGCUUCAAGUAAGUCAAACUUGUUGACUACAUAUAUUUCUCUCCUCUCUUAUCAUAAGUUGUACGAUAUUGUACCUGUAUACGUCAGCUUCCUAUCUGACGACGAGAUUUUAGAAACGUACUCGUUCUUCUUGUCUAAUUUGGUCGAUACAGACAUAAGGGAAAAGCAGGUAAAGCUUUCAAAAUACUUGGGACUUCCGAUUGCUAAUAUACUAAGAAGAACAGCCCAGCGAGUAUUUGAAGAAACUGAAGAGUACUACACUGUGAAUAAUGACGUGGAAUUAACAAAUGAAAUUAGCGAAUUUGAUCAGCGUCUAAUAAACGGAGUAGACUGGCUCAUUCAAAAUGAAUUAUAUUUGGACAGUGUAGAUACUAUCAUUGCAUUGUCGAGACGAUUCCUAAUAAAUGGCAAGGUAAAGGCUUUAGAACUCUUCAUAGAUGGUCAUGAUAUGCCUAACAUAUUGAAAGAGUAUCAACUAGAAAAACUUUCCAUGAAGGAAGAAGGAAGAGAUUUUAAAAUUGAAGAGCUACAGCAAUACAUGUCGCUUAUUUCAACCUUCAAGAGGCAAGAAGACUGGGAAAGGACAUCAGAAACAUUUAAUACCACUGAUAACUUGUCGCUGUUCAUCAAGCAAUUCAAGGAAUAUUCUGAUACCAUCAUAAAUCUGGUUACAAAAUUUUUGGUUGAUCUUUUGAGCAAUGAAAAUGUCGAUGAUUCAGAUGUGUUAUAUGAAAUACGAGCCCUAUACACUCCAUUUUUAAUUAUGGAACUUCACAAUACCUUGAUUAGAGCAUCAGAAAAACACAAUGUCUCGACGUUCAUUCAAGAAGCUAUUGACCUAUCAAUACUUGUCGCCAAUGAGACUGAUAAGAUAUACUUAUUAUUCCAGAGUAACGACAAACUAACCACAUACUUGCAAAUGGUUGCCAAAGCGGCUGCUCUUUUCGGUAAAUAG